AUGCCAAAUGGUGUAGAUACUGAAAAUCGCGCAAUCGCGGCAAAUUUAGAGUCGUUAAAACAAAAACGUAAAAACGUGAAAUCUUCCUUGACGCGGUUUGAAACUUUUAUUUCGAAAUAUAAAAAUGGCGAUAAUAUCGAAAAUUUGAAAGCAAGAACAAUAAGAAUUAAUAGUGUGUUAGACGAGUUUAUGGAAAUACAAAAUAAAAUUAUAGAAAUUGAAGGUGAGGACGAAAAACUAUUAGAAGAGUUGACAAAUUUCGAGAGUUCUUUCUUUGCGAUAAUAGCAGCCGCGAAUUUAAUCAUAAACAGAAACGAAAGAUUACUACAGACCUUGAAUCAAUCACAAACAAGCAGCACGUCAGGUAAUCAUUCGGCUUCUGAAGUAAACACCGCGUCUAGUCAUGUCAAAUUACCUACGAUUAAUAUUCCGACAUUUUCGGGAAAAUAUGAAUCGUGGUUAAAUUUUCGCGAUACGUAUAAAUCGUUGAUUCAUGAAAAUAAUUCCUUAUCGAAUAUUCAAAAAUUUCACUACUUGCGAUCCUCUUUGGCGGACGAGGCGGCAGAACAAUUACAGUCCUUGGAAACGACCGAGGCAAAUUAUGAAAUAGCAUGGUCGAUUCUCAAGGAUCGCUAUGAAAAUAAUAAUUUAAUAAUAAAUAGUCACAUAGACGCGAUUUUUAAUAUUCCGGCAUCGACUCGAGAGUCAUACGAUAGCAUUCGUCAAAUUCACAUGGGAAUUGAAAAAAAUAUUCGUUCAUUGAGGGUGCUCGGAGUUCCUGUGGACGGAUGGGAUAUGAUAUUGAUAAAUAUUAUAAUGUCAAAAUUAGACCCGGUUACAUUGCGCGAUUGGAAGGGGGUAAAAGUAAAUGGCUCGACUCCUACAGUUAAAGAAAUAUUAAAAUUUUUAUCAGACCGAUGUCAAAUGUUGCAAGGUAUGAAAAACGUAAGAACGAAGGCCAACGAUACAAAAAAUUCCUCAAACACAACACACUCGCGACAAUCAUGCAAAACAUUAGUUAGCACAGAUGCUAGUCACUGCUUUCAUUGUAAGGGUUCUCAUUUCAUAAGCUCAUGUCCCACAUUUUUGAAACUUCCUGUAAAAUCUCGAAUUGAUGAAGCGCGCAAACAACACCUUUGUUUAAAUUGCUUAAAAAAGAGACACAGUACACGCGAAUGUAGAAAUGAAAUUAGUUGUAAAAAAUGUUCAAAGCGGCAUAAUACAAUCCUUCAUUUAGAAAUUGCGAAAAAUACAGGUGGGUCAGAUAUAUCGACAACAAGUCAUGAGUCAUCCACUCUUUCGUCUCUCGCAGCUUGUAGUGUAACGUCUCAAAGAAAACAAGUGUUAUUAGCAACGGCGCUAGUUUAUAUUAAAGAUAAAGAUGGCAAUUCUCAUGAAUGUCGAGCUCUUUUAGACUCAGCGUCACAAUCGAAUUUCGUUACCGAAGAUUUGUGCAAAAGACUCAACUUGAGUACAUCGCCAAUAAAAAUAAAUAUUUCCGGAAUUGGUCAAGAAGAAUCGCGAAUAACAAAACGCGCAAAUAUAAUGAUAAAUUCGAGAAUAAAUUCGUUUAAGGCUAAUCUUUCAUGCCUCGUUUUACCUAGCAUUACGACGAAUGUUCCUAGCGUAUCUUUCGAUAUAAAUAAUUUUAAUAUUCCCGAUGAUUUGCGAUUAGCCGAUCCGGAAUUUUUCGAGUCGAGUCAGGUUGAUUUGUUGAUCGGCGCGUCUCUGUUUUGGGAUAUUUUAUGCCAGGGACAAAUUCGUUUGGGUUCAAAUUUGCCCAUAUUGCAAAAAACACAUUUUGGCUGGGUUGCUUCUGGCUCAUUAUUUCUUGAUAAAGAAUCUAAUAAAACUCUAUGUCAUUUAGUAAAAACAUUUGAUUUAAAUGAACAAAUGCAAAAAUUUUGGGAGAUAGAGGAGCAAUAUGUAAAGUCCAAGGUCAGCAAUCCAGAAAAUUGCCCCGUUGAAGCUCAUUUUAAAGAUACGACUGAAUUUGCCCCCGAUGGGCGCUUUAUCGUCACAUUACCACAAAAAAAGGGUGGGGAUUCCGUAUUGGGUGAAUCACGGGAAACAGCUGUGAAUAGAUUCUUGGCUCUUGAAAGAAAAUUAGCGAAAAACAAAGAUUUAAAAAUUCAAUACGAUGAGUUCAUGAAAGAAUAUAUAGAUUUGAAACAUAUGACCAAAGUUGAUAAUGAAGAUUUAAAUUGCGCGUGUUAUUAUAUUCCACACCAUGCAAUUAUCAAAUUAGCAUCUCUUACGACUAGAUUACGCGCUGUUUUUGACGGAUCGUGUAAAACUACGAACGGUAAAUCUUUGAACGAUAUAUUAGAAGCCGGCCCUGCAAUCCAAAAUGACUUAUUUGAAAUUCUUAUGCGUUUUAGAAAAUAUAAAUUCGUAAUCACGGCAGAUAUAACGAAAAUGUACCGUCAGGUCUUGAUAAAUGAUUCGCAAAAACCAUUACAGCGCAUAAUUUGGCGUUUUCAGCCACAUUUGCCUCUCGAGGUUUACGAAUUAAAUACCUUGACCUACGGUACAGCUCCUGCUGCUUAUCUCGCAAUACGAUGUUUAUGUGAGAUUGCCUUCAUGGUCAAAGAUUCGUUACCGUCAAUAAGUAAAAUAAUUCUCGAAGAUUUUUUUGUAGACGAUAUGUUAACGGGGGGAAACUCAAUCGAGGAAUUAAAAUACAUUUACGAAAAUGUCUCAUGUAUUUUAAAGGCGCGGGGUUUCGAACUUCGUAAGUGGUCGUCAAAUAACUCUGAAUUUUUAGAGCAUAUUAAAAACGGUAAUGAGCAGGAAGCUAAUUUUGUUAUCGGCAUGGUCGAAGAUUUUAAGACACUUGGUCUUUUGUGGAAUCCGAAGAAGGAUAUUUUAUUUUUUACGGUCAAUUUUACUAUAAAAGGUCACACUAUCACAAAAAGGCAAAUUCUAUCGUGCAUUGCACAAAUUUUUGAUCCUCUAGGUUUCAUUACACCUUUCGCGACAGUUGUAAAAAUUAUUUUGCAAAAAUUAUGGCAACUCAAACUUUCGUGGGAUGAAUCUAUUCCAUUAGAUUUACGAACGCGUUGGUUAGCUUUGCGUGACAAUAUUUCUGCUUUGGAUGAGAUAAAAAUUCCCCGACACGUAUUAUGUGCGAAUCUGUCAAAUGUGCAAUUGCAUGCAUUUUGCGAUGCAUCGGAAAAUGCAUACGGCGCGUGCGUUUAUAUUAGAUCUUGUGAUACUUUGAACAAUUGUACUGUGCGUUUUUUAACGUCUAAAGCUCGUGUAGCUCCGUUAAAAAAGUUGUCAAUACCAAGACUUGAACUCUGUGGGUCACUCGUUUUAAGUCAAUUAGUUCGAAAAAUAAAAAAUUCAUUGCAAAUACCGUUUGACGAGUGUUACUACUGGACAGACAGUACAAUAACUUUAGCGUGGAUUAGAUCGUGUCCGAGUAGGUGGAAAACGUUUGUAGCAAACAGGGUGAGCGAAAUUCACGAGAACGUAGGAAGGUCAAACUGGCACCACAUCGAUGGCAUAGAAAAUCCCGCGGAUAUUUUGUCAAGAGGUUCUGAUCCGAAAACACUCAGAGAUAGUGAGCUCUGGUGGAAGGGGCCAGCUUGGUUGUCACGCCCAAUUUCUGUUUGGCCGAUUCAUAAUGUAAAUGAGGUCGAAAAUGAAAAUGUCAUUCCGGAAGAAAAAACAAUAACCUUGAUAAGUGUCGAUCAAGAAAAUUCGGAUUUUUUAUGUAAAUACUCGAAAUUUGCAAAAUUGCGGAGAAUAAUCGCGUAUUGUUUAAGAUUCUUUUAUAAUACAAAAAAUCAAGGUAAUUUAAAACUCACCGGAAUGUUAACCACUAAGGAAAUUUCGGAUGCCACUAUAGCUAUAUGUAAAUUUGCGCAAGGGGAAAAAUUUUCUUUUGAAAUUGCCGCUUUAAAUAAAGGGAAAAAUAUUUCAAAUAAAAGUAAAAUUCUCGCGCUAAGUCCGUUUUUAGAUAAAGGCCUUUUAAGGGUGGGUGGAAGAAUAAAAAAUUCCGAGUUUGAUUAUAUGAAAAAACACCCAAUUUUGCUCCCGAAAGGUCGAUUAACAAAAAUGAUUAUUGAAUAUGAACACGAACGUUUAUGUCAUGCCGGUCCACAGGCAGUUCUAGCAUCACUGAGAGAGUCAUUUUGGCCCAUAUCAGGGCGAAGUCAAGUGCGUGAAGUAGUAAGAAAAUGCGUCAGAUGCUAUCGAGUUGAUCCGAAAUUAAUUGCUCCAUAUAUGGGAGAUUUACCGUCAUCGCGCGUUCUUCCAACUCGGCCGUUCUUGCGGACUGGGGUUGACUAUGCGGGCCCGUUCGCCAUGAAGGAUCGUGUCACUCGCGGCGCUAAAAUGGUAAAGGUUUAUAUUUGCGUAUUCGUGUGUUUUUCAACAAAAGCAAUGCAUCUGGAACUCGUGGGUGAUUUGACGACUGAGAGUUUCAUUGCCGCUUUAAGACGUUUUGUUUCGCGUAGAGGAAAGCCGUCUGAUAUUUACUCAGAUAAUGGCACCAAUUUUAUUGGCGCGAAGAGAGAACUCGCGGAAUUGAAUGAUUUUUUAUUAAAAGAAAAAAAUUCUAUAGUAAACUCGGCUAACGCACUGGACAUUCAAUGGCAUUUUAUACCCCCACGAUCGCCACAUUUUGGCGGCUUGUGGGAGGCCGGAGUAAAGAUAGUAAAAAACCAUUUAAAAAGAGUUCUUGCAAAUGCUUCUCUAGUGUACGAGCAUUUUUAUUCAGUAUUAGUGCAGAUAGAGGCUUGUGUGAAUUCACGACCAUUGAGUCCCUUGUCGAAUGACCCCAAUGACCUUCUCCCCUUAACCCCCGCGCACUUCCUGGUAGGUGAAUCUCUACAGACAAUACCUGAUCCAGAUCUGUCUCACAUUUCAGAAAACAGAUUGUCGAAGUUCCAGCAAAUGCAAAAUUUGGUUCAACACUUCUGGAAGCGCUGGUCAGCUGAGUACAUAGCUGAACUGCAAGUCCGCUCUAAGUGGAGAACUAAGGAGGAGGAUAUGAUCAAAAUUGGAUCAUUGGUCAUAAUCAAGGAGGACAAUUUAGCCCCGCUCCAAUGGAAGUUGGGACGUGUCAUUGAGGUCCAAAAGGGUGCUGAUAAUGUUGCAAGGGUAGCGACAAUCCAAACGUCUCUAGGCACAUAUAAAAGAGCCGUGGCACGAUUGUGCCUGCUUCCAAUCGAAGAAAAUCAAUAA